GCAGCAGGCUUGAUUUGAGUUUUAGUUGAUCAACUCUCCACCUGCUUUCGAUGCACUCGAGGCUCCUCCUCCUCCUUCACUAAUCACUGCUCUCUCUACUCUUUCUCUCUCAUCACUCACACAAUCAAACAAUCACAGAGCAAAAACAAGCUCUCAUCAAUGGCGAACAUCCUAAACCUAAAAUCCACCACAUUCCUCCCUUCAUCACACUCUCUCCGCUUCACUCAAAAACUCCACACAACCCGAUCCACCAUUCGAAUUCGCGCCAAAAUUCGAGAAAUCUUCAUGCCUGCACUCUCUUCCACUAUGACAGAGGGAAAAAUCGUCUCAUGGAUCAAAUCAGAAGGCGAUAAACUCUCUAAAGGUGAUUCCGUCGUCGUCGUUGAAUCCGAUAAAGCUGAUAUGGAUGUCGAAACUUUCUACGAUGGUUACCUAGCUAAAAUCAUCGUCGAUGAAGGUUCCGUUGCUCCUGUUGGUUCCGCCAUUGCUCUUCUCGCUGAAUCCGAAGCUGAAAUUUCCGACGCCAUUGCUAAAGCCAUGGAAAAUCCUAAACAUAAGCCCUCAGGUUCGGAAUCUGUCGCUUCGAAUGUAGCUUCGGGUGUAGCUUCGGAUGUUGCUGCUCCGGUGGUGGUGGCGGUCAAGGAGGGAGGAUUGAGUGUUUCUGAUCAUCCGGCGGCGGAGGGAGGGAAGAGAGUGGUGGCGUCGCCGUAUGCGAAGAAAUUAGGGAAGGAAUUAGGGGUGGAUUUGAGGAAUGUGGUUGGGAGUGGACCUCAAGGGAGGAUUGUUGCUAAGGAUGUCGAGGCGGCGGCAGCUGCAGCUGCAGUGGAGGUUGCUGAGGUGGUUGUUUCGAAGGAUAUUCCGGUGUCGAAGACGGUAGAGUUGGGGAAAACGGUGCCGUUUACGACAAUGCAGAAUGCUGUGAGUAGGAAUAUGGUGGAGAGUCUUGGUGUUCCUACGUUUAGAGUUGGAUAUACUAUUACUUCUGAUGCUCUUGAUGCUUUGUACAAGAAGGUGAAGUCGAAGGGGGUGACCAUGACGGCAUUGCUAGCAAAGGCAACAGCUCUGGCAUUGGUUAAGCAUCCAGUGGUGAAUUCUAGCUGUAGAGAUGGGAAAAGUUUUACUUAUAAUAGCCGGAUUAAUAUUGCGGUUGCUGUGGCUAUGGAUGGUGGGUUGCUUACCCCAGUGCUCCAAGAUGCUGAUAAGGUCGAUAUUUACACACUUUCAAGGAAGUGGAAGGAGUUGGUUGAUAAGGCUCGCGCCAAACAGUUACAACCUCAAGAAUACAGUACAGGCACUUUCACCCUAUCUAACCUUGGAAUGUUUGGCGUGGACCGCUUUGAUGCUAUUCUUCCACCUGGAACGGGAGCAAUUAUGGCUGUUGGUGCAUCUCAACCCAACGUUGUUGCCAGUAAAGAUGGUCGGAUAGGCAUGAAAAACCAGAUGCAGGUGAAUGUUACCGCUGAUCAUCGUGUUAUAUAUGGUGCUGAUCUUGCUGCUUUCUUGCAAACUCUAGCCCAAAUUAUUGAAGAUCCUAAAGAUAUGACACUAUAGUUACUUCCUACUGAACAUGAGACAUGUCUUCCCUCCUAGUGCUUAGAAUUUGAUUCCUCUAAUGAUGCUUCCCAAAUGACAACAAUUGCUGAUAACUGUGGAAAUACUAGAGAACAUUAGCAGCUAAUGACUGGGACACUGCUAGGUCAAUUUUCAAAGAAUUGCUCAGAUUGCGCUUCUUGUGUUUUUGUCCACUGUUGGUCUCCUACAUACCUUGAGAGGUUUGUAUUGCUGUCCGUCCAAUUGUUGUUGAACCUGUUCCAUAUAUCGAUGCAUUUUUGUGGUUUUAGCGCUACUUGAGCUUUUCAAUCAUAGAAUUAGGAACUAUUUGAUUGGAAUGUCUAAUAUAGUGGCUGGCCUGUUUGGAAGCGACUUCUCCCCUUUGAAUUUCCCAUUUUGUUCGCAAGUAAUAUUUUUCUAGAUUGCAAAAUGUGUAAUGUUCACUAAGACUCAUGAUAUACCUUGUUCCUUUUUUCACCUUUGUGAUUUAUGAAAUACCUGAUACAGUUAUGUUUAUAACGUAUCUUAUGAA